AUGAAGUUGCUAUAUUUUGCUGUGCAAAUUAUAUUUUUGUUGCCAAGUUUUUUGGCAAUUUUUAAUCCUUAUAAACGAAACUUGGAAUUGCUUAACCUGGAACCCAUCUCAGGGUCUUAUACAAAAAACGAAGAAGCUUCUGUUGAGGAACUUUGGUUGGAUCAAAAGGUUGACCAUUUUGAUGUAAAAAACAAUCAAUCUUGGAAAAUGCGGUAUUUUCGCAACGCCAAGUAUCACAGCCCUCAAGGACCUAUCUACAUAUUUGUGGGAGGUGAGUGGACCAUCAGCCGAGGACUAAUGAGCACUGGUUUAACACACGACAUGGCUGUCGAAAAUUCUGGCAUGCUUUUCUACACCGAACAUCGCUAUUAUGGACGGAGUUUGCCCUUUGGAAAACAGAGUUUUCAAAUGCAUCACCUCAAGCAACUAAAUCUUCAUCAAUCUUUAGCUGACUUGGCUCACUUCAUACGCCAUCAAAAGGCGAAAAACGCCGAAAUGAGAGACUCCAAAGUCAUUUUGGUUGGAGGCUCUUAUUCGGGCAGCUUGGUGGCCUGGAUGACUCAACUGUAUCCAGAUUUAAUAGCUGCCAGUUGGGCUUCCAGUGCUCCAUUAUUGGCCAAGGAGGAUUUUUAUGAAUACAUGGAAUUGGUCAGCAGUUCUAUUCAAUUAAGCUAUGGUCAUAAUUGCUCAUUACAAAUUGAAAAAGGCUUUAAUUACUUGGAUAAGUUAUUUAAUGAUCAUUCAAUCAAGGAGCUACUUCAUAAAUUCAAUGGCUGCGAGGAUUACAAUCCCAAUGAUCCCCUGGAUAAGGCAGCUUUCUUCAAUGGGCUGGGCAAUUAUUUUGCUUUGGUGGUGCAAAGUUAUAGUGCUUAUAUACCUCGCCUUUGCGAGACUUUAAUGUCACUAAAUUCCAAUGAUGAAGUGGCGUUCGUAAACUUCUUGGAACUACUGUAUUCAGAAGGCAGUCGCUUCAGUGAUUGCCAGGACUUUGGCUACUCAUCCAUGCUACAAAUAUUCCGUGAGGAUACAGAUCAAAGUUCCGAAACUCGUGCAUGGUUCUACCAAACCUGCAAUGAAUUCGGCUGGUACACCACCACGAAGUCGAACUCCUCUUCGUCUGCCGCCUUUGCCAAUCAGGUGCCCUUGUCCUAUUUCGAAAAACUCUGCCACGAUGCGUUUGGAGCGGAGCAGACUGCCCAGAAAUUGGCCCAGGGCGUUGAGCAGACGAAUAGAAAAUUCGGCGGAUACGGCUUCAAUCAGAGCGAGCGUUAUGCACAGGUAAUAUUCACGCAUGGCCAGUUGGAUCCGUGGCGUGCUCUGGGCCAGCAAACGGGCAACCAGGCCUUUGUCCUGACGGGCUACUCGCAUGUGGAGGAUUUGGCCAGCAUCCGAGUGACGGACAGCGUGCAGAUGAAUCUGGCCAAGCUGCGUGUGAUGUCCUUCCUGCGACGCCACUUAUGA